AUGGUAUACGGAAGAUUCCAUGAGAGGAAAGGUUCUGGGAGAGGGAAGGUUCUGGGAGAGGGAAGGUUCUGGGAGAGGGAAAGUUUGGGGGGAAGGGAGGUUCGGGGAGAGAGAAGAAGGUUCUGGGAGAGAGAAGGUUCGGGGAGAGGGAAGGUUCUGGGAGAGGGAAGAUUCUGGGAGAGGGAAGGUUCUGGGAGAGGGAAGGUUCUGGGAGAGGGAAGAUUCUGGGAGAGGGAAGGUUCUGGGAGAGGGAAGGUUCUGGGAGAGGGAAGAUUCGGGAAGAAAGAAGGUUCGGGGAAAAGGAAGGUUCAAGAAGAGGGGCGGUUCGGGGAAAGGGAAGGUUCGAGGAGAAUUAAGGUUCAGGGACAGGGAAGGUUCGAGAAGAGGGAAGGUUCGAGGAGAGGGAAGAUUUGGGAAGAGAGAAUGUUCGGGGAAAGGGAAGGUUCAUGGAGAGGGAAAGUUUGGGGGGAAGGGAGGUUCGGGGAGAGAGAAGAUUCGGGGAAAGUGAAGAUUCGGGAAGAGAGGUUCGGGGAAAGGGAAGGUUCAUGGAUAGGGAAAGUUCGGGGGGAGGGAAGGUUCGGGGAGAGAGAAGGUUCGGGAAGAGGGAAGCCUCAAGGAGAAUGA